AUUGCGUUGCCUUCCAGUCAACUUGCCCAAAAGCAAGACAGAGUAGGAAUGCCGUGGCAGACGUGUUUCACCUGCCUCAAUGCAGUGCAAAGUGGACUUUGGUGCUGGCUUCAAGCCAGCAUUCAAGGUACAUGCAGCACGUCCUGAGGGCUAAAAGCCGGCAGAGGCGGCCCAGGACUCCAGGUUCUUCAGUCUCUCCGAAAUCCAGCAGGAGCAAGGCAGAAACGGAAGGCGCCGCACCCUUGAGGCUUCCGGCACUGUACUGCACUCCGCACAUCAAGGUGCCAGGCACUCUAUUUGUGUCUCCAUUGCUUGUGACCUUUACCGCCGACAGUGAGGACAAACAUGUGAAAGAGUUUGGCGGGGAGCUUUACCAAGUCAACUUGGAGGUGCAAGAUGUUCUUCAGUGCGGAGGCAUCACUAUGCCGCAUGAGGACGGCACUGACUUGGCAUACUUCUUGCAGCUCCAGACCAGAACAUUGAAUGGGCAUUACUUUACCCGCGAGGAGGACGGAAACGAUCCAUGGUUUGUCGUUUUCCGGCUGAUGGGGAAGGAGGACCUCCACAGAGCUACUGCACUUCUGUUAGAUGCAAAGCAGGCCAGUCCUUCACAAUGCACUCCAACGACAACAUCCGUGCCCUUCCCAUGUUUGGACUGCAUGGCAGAGCUGGAGCAUGCAAUUCAUCACCACCAACUCCAGCAACAGCUCGCCAAAAAGCAGGAGCGAUGGCCUUCGUCAUUUGCACCAUCCCGGUUGAAUAUGGGAAGCUUUGCCAAGUUCUUGUCAGGGCCUGGAGAUUCGAGGGGGAAAGGCUCAGAUUCACACGACCCUGCCGGGGAAAACGCACCCGACGAGCCCCGAGGUGUCUACAUUGACAAGGUGGUUUUCCAGCUCCCAGAGCAUUGCCAGCGGUCGGUACUAACCAAAGACCUUGCGGAGGCUUUGUUGGAGUACCUGCCCGUGGGACUUCGCCUUCCUGGGCUUGUUCAAUGGGUACUAAGAUACACACCCAAGGCCCAUGGAGUGUCGUUGGCGACCAUGUUUCGAAACCUCGCAGAGCGCACGAAAACGGUGGUGAUCAUUCAAGACACGGAGGACUAUCUUUUUGGUGGCUUUGCAACUUCUGCUUGGGAACCUUGCUCCAGGUUUUAUGGUUCAGGGGAGGCCUUUGUCUUCUCCUUUGGAAAGGUCAAAGAUGAUGCAUCUCCCCAGGUUCAAUUCUUCCCAUGGUCUUCGGUCAACGAGUGCUGCAUGUAUGCGGAUCAGCAGAUGUUCGGAAUGGGCGGCGGUGAAGGACGACAUGCGUUCCUUAUCCAGUCAGAUUUGCUGCAAGGACACUCCUCUCCUACACCAACGUUCAGGAACACAAUCUUGGCCGCAAAUGAAGAGUUUGUGGUGCGCGAUAUUGAAGUGUGGUCUUUAGAAGAAGUCCAGUGAAGCGCUGAUCGCACAACUGGCGCCAGUGCUGGUGAAGCUCAACAGCUGGAGCCAACCGGGGCCAACCAACGAGCUGCUGAUGGGAUCAGAUGGGAACAGAUAGGAUCAAAGGCCAGAGGCAGCCGGAGUGCAGCGCAACACGACGAGGUCAAGCGUCUUCUCAGACUGGCAUGAUGAAUCGUGAGUCCCCGCGGUCGCAACGCGAGAAGGAGGAGCAAAA